GAGAGCUAUAUUAAGUGUAAAAAAAGUAAUUGAUGACAUUAUUUUUCUAAAACAUAAUAAAUUAUGAAAAAUAUUAACUUCUUUGAAGUAGUUUUUCUUUUUAUUGGGAUUAGAAAGGAUAAACGAAUACAUAUAAACAUAAAUAAAAAAUUAUAUAUGGAAACUUAAAAAAAAAAAUUGCAUUGAUAAAAGAAAAGAAAAGAAAAGAGAAGAUUAAAUUAAAUGUGAUUUUUUUUUUUUUUUUAAAGGCUUUGAACACUUAACACCCCACUAAGACGACGCAAACCCUAACCCUACUGCCUUGGUGAUAGAAAAUCCAUAUACCCGUAACUGAAAAGUACGGGGAGCACUCAGAAAACCCUUACGGUCGUCGUCUCUCUGUAGGUAGCAUCAGGUCAUCAACAAUGGUGAACGUUCCAAAGACAAAGAAGACAUAUUGCAAGUCUAAGGAAUGCCGGAAGCACACCUUGCAUAAGGUUACGCAGUACAAGAAGGGAAAGGAUAGUUUGGCUGUGCAGGGCAAGCGCCGGUAUGAUCGAAAACAGUCAGGUUGUGGUGGACAAACCAAACCUGUUGUCCACAAGAAGGCGAAAACUACAAAGAAGAUUGUGCUGAGGCUGCAAUGCCCGGGGUGCAAGCAUGUAUCACAGCACCCAAUCAAGAGGUGCAAGCAUUUUGAGAUUGGUGGAGAUAAGAAGGGGAAGGGUACUUCUCUUUUCUAAGUGGCAGUUUUAUGGAGUAUCAUCCUGGUCUUAUUGCUGUGCUAUGUUUCUUGACCUAAGGUUUAACUUUCAAUUUGAAUGCUUCUGUUUUUAUGCUUGUUUUUACUUUUUGAAAUGGAUAGAUAUACCUUGCAUACUUGAAGGGCAAUGUAGCUUGGAUUAAGCUAUCGAGAUUAUGAAUAUAAAAAUGGAUUUUAAAUUUCAGUAUUUAGCAGGC